AUGCGGAACUCCCGGUUUUGUGCCAUUCUGGCAGUCGUCGCAUCAGUGUUGGUAGUGGUUAUUGGACAAAGAUCCCAACAAGCCGUCAUUGCUGACUUGGGUAAACUGAUCGUCGAUAACUGCCCGCCUAUGCUUUGUACUGGUUUGGUUGCGCAGUUGUCACCGAGAGAAAUGGAUCUUUGUGCCUGCCCAAUCGGUUCUCCAUCCCGUGGAUGCGAUCCAAUGCCUUUCAUUCUCUGGCACGAUCUCAUUGUCAACGGAUGUCCAAAUGUGACACUGAACAGUCGCGACCCCGCUCAAAAAGUGCACAGAUGGUUCAGAAGAGUCAACAGGUUCACCAAUACGGAUCAAUGUGAACCAUACAUCUUCCCAUAUUGCCCAGAGUUGGACUUUAAUUUGUGGAGGUCACCAAGAACCAAACAGGAAUGCGAACUUUAUUGCUACUCGAUCGAUGAGCAGAGAAAGCGUGGAAUCAUCUGA